CGCCAAUUACGUAUUGCACAGAGCGUCCCUGGCUAUGGCGGACAUGGCAACUGCAGGUUCUUUCUCGCGCUUGGGCUCGCUCUCGACCCUCCGCCUCUGGACGCUUCGCCGCUCGCUCAAGGUCGCUGCGUCGACGACUCCUCGCGUGAGGAGGGAAUUCGCCCGGGAUCAGGGGGCGUGUGCGCUCGAUUUGCCCCUGCGUAAGGGAUUUUCGUUGCGGGAGCCUUGGCAGGGGUUAGUUGGAAGAGGACAACGAGUGGUAGGAUUCGACGCAGGAAGAGAAACCUGGGAGGGAGGGCGAUUGCGGAGAGCGCUGUGUGUGGUGAUGGAGAAUAUAAUGGGGUUGGAGGAGGAGGAGGAGGUAGAGGGGUUGGACACCGUUAGGCUGACGGAACUGGAGGAGAAGAUUUUCGAUGUUCUUAUUGCAACAUUGAAACACUUUGGGCUGAGCACGGAGCUGCGGGUGGCCGGAGGAUGGGUUCGUGAUAAGCUCCUUGGGAAAGAUUCAGCUGAUAUUGACAUCGCGCUAGACAACAUGUUAGGCAAGGACUUUUGUGAGAAAGUUAACGACUAUCUGAAAAGCAUUGGAGAGUCUACCACAGGGGUUGGGGUCAUUCAGAGCAAUCCUGAGCAGUCAAAGCAUUUGGAGACGGCCACCAUGAAAGUGAAGGGUGUUUUCGUGGAUUUCGUAAACUUACGAGCAGAGACGUACGCGAAUAACAGCCGUAUUCCAACUAUGGAAUUCGGAACUGCCGAACAAGAUGCUUUUCGGCGGGACCUGACUAUAAACAGUUUGUUUUACAACAUCAACAAACGUUCCGUGGAGGACCUGACGUCACAAGGAAUCAAAGACUUGAAAGCGGGAAUUAUCCGCACUCCCCUUCCUCCGAAAGAAACGUUUCUAGAUGAUCCAUUACGCGUGAUGCGGGCUGUGCGCUUUGGUGCACGGUUUGGAUUUAAGCUGGAUGACGAGCUUAAAAAGGCGGCUUCAUGUGAUGAAGUUAAGUCAGCGCUCGGCCACAAAGUGAGCCGUGAACGUAUUGGCAAAGAGAUUGCUCUGAUGUUGAAUGGAAAGAAGCCAAAUACAGCUAUGCGGUGUCUGGAACAGCUACAACUUUUUCCAGUUAUUUUCACGAGUAUACUUUGCAACAUUAAGCCGCCACUUGAGGAAAAUACUGGGAGGUUGUGUGUUGAUUAUAUGGAAGCAGCUGGAGAUGUCUUUGAGGCCUUCGAGGCUGAACUCGAGGUUGUUCCAAGUACAGUAGGGGCACCAAGAAAAUUUACGGGUGAGGAAAGGAGAUUGUUUUAUCUAUCUAGCUUACUUCUUCCACUACGAAAUGUUACAGCUUCAAAUUUAGGGAAGAAAGGCGUGGAAGUGUCUAUAUCGGAGCUCAUUAUCAAGGAAUCCUUGAAGCUGAAAUCGGACGACGCCAAAAAGGUAUUACAGCUUCAUAGUGCUGCUGAGCAAUUUGUGGAACUUACGGAAAUGUUACUCGUUGAUGCACCUGAAAGGACUGACGAAGGUUUUCAAUCAGAGAAGAGAGUACGAGCAGGUUUGCUGCUGGGAGAAAUCAAGGGCAUGUGGCGCCUGGCUUUGGUUCUUUCGUCAGUUCUUUCUAUUCCACUUGAUGAAACCAGUUCAAGCCACUUGACGGAGAGGACAAAUAGCUGCCUAAUCGUUGAAGCUACUCUACUGAGAUUAGGACUUGAAAAAGUGUGGGACAAAAAACCAUUAUUUGAUGGGAAGAAAGUAAUGAGCCUUCUGGGACUAACUAAAGGUGGCCCUCAAGUGAAAGAAUGGAUCCUGGAUUCGCAGAUGACCAGGUUUCACAAGUGGGAGCUUGCUCAUCCAGAAGGUACUGAGGAGCAGUGCUUAGAAUGGUUUCAAGGGGAGCAUGUAAAGCGCCUGAAGUCAAGCUAACGUUCUGACGAUGCCUCAACUGGAUGACACUUCUUAUUUCGGCGGCUAAUUCUUUCUUGAGUCAUGUAAAUCUGCGCAUUCGUAAUCACCGCAUUUGCAAUCGCGAAUUGUUUUGGGAGCUAUGUAAAGGUGGAAUACCAAUUUGAAUCGUAUGGAGAGACUAAAAAAAUGUCACCAAGUGUGCGCUGGUUGUACCACAAUGCCCAUUUCAAAAAGAUUUUGGCUAGUGCAUUAAUUACCGUGAAAUCCAAGUAGCAGUACUAUUUGUAACUAAGCUCAUAAUAUGAAUCAAGCACUUACUUAUUUUUGUUUUGUGGCAUCAUUUUGAUGUCUGAAAUUGAA